UUGCCACGGUGACGCGCAGACGCUCUGACUGGAGCUGCGGGGCCGUCCAGUUGGCAGGAUAUCGCACGUUAUAGUUGACAACCAAAAUUUUAAAAGUGAAAUGGCGUCUCUUUUAGAUGCGCUUUGGGAAGACAGGGAUGUUCGAUUCGAUAUUUCUCCACAGCAGAUGAAGGCGAGGCCAGGCGAGGUUUGGAUAGAUUGUCUGGAUUCCAUUGAAGACACGAAGGGAAAUAAUGGUGACAGAGGAAGGCUUUUGGUGACCAAUUUAAGAAUCAUUUGGCAUUCUCUGGCUCUGCCCCGGGUCAAUCUGUCUGUAGGCUACAACUGUAUUAUAAACAUCACAACAAGGACGGCUAAUUCCAAACUGCGAGGGCAGACUGAAGCACUUUACAUCUUAACUAAAUGCAACAACACCCGAUUUGAAUUCAUAUUUACCAAUGUAGUUCCUGGAAGUCCGAGACUCUUUACAUCGGUUAUUGCAGUUCACAGAGCAUAUGAAACUUCUAAAAUGUACCGUGAUCUGAAACUAAGAGGAGCCCUCAUUCUAAACAAGCAGCUUAGACUUUUACCCCAGGAGCAAGUGUAUGACAAAAUCAAUGGAGUUUGGAAUUUGUCCAGUGAUCAGGGUAACUUGGGAACCUUCUUUAUCACAAAUGUGCGUAUUGUGUGGCAUGCUAACAUGAAUGACAGCUUUAAUGUCAGCAUUCCUUAUCUGCAGAUUCGUUCUAUCAAGAUCAGAGAUUCAAAGUUUGGACUGGCAUUAGUGAUAGAAAGUUCUAUGCAGAGCGGGGGAUAUGUUCUUGGAUUUAAAAUUGACCCUAUUGACAAACUACAGGAUGCAGUAAAGGAGAUUAAUUCAUUGCAUAAAGUUUAUUCAGCUAGUCCUAUUUUUGGAGUAGACUAUGAAAUGGAAGAAAAGCCCCAACCACUGGAAGAGCUGACAGUGGAACAGGCCCAGGAUGAUGUUGAAAUAGAGCCAGAUGAGCAGAUUGAUGCUUUUGCGGCGUACUUUGCAGAUGGUAACAAGAUUCAAGAUCGGGAGCCUGUGUUUUGUGAAGAACUGGGGCUAGCUGUUGAGAAACUGAAAGAAGGGUUCUCUCUUCAAGGACUGUGGGAGGUUAUGGGUUGAUACCCUGAGCCACUGCUGAACGGACCAAUAAGGCUUUCAUCGUUAAUUGUUCAUGUACAAAAUGUACAGUGUUUGAAAUUGUAAAGCUAUGGACUCUAGAGUAUUUAAUUUAUUGCAUUACUUGAAGAAUCUGUGAUAAAAUAUUCUAAAGAUUUCAGCUGAGAGUAAUUGUUUAAUUUUGUAUAUAAUAUUGUAUAGAUCUGCACUUGUAUUAUUAUUUUUGUGAAAGUAUAGUUAUUGGGUAGAUUUUAUAAUUCUAGGCUAUAUUCAAAACAUUAUCUUUGAAUAAUAAAUCAUUGUAAGACAUUA